GUAGCUGACUCAUCCAUAUCCGAACAUGACAUUAUCAUUAGGCUUGAGUAUGGCGAAGGUUGUAUUUCUAAGCAUUACUAAAAGAGCGAAGAACAACGAAAAAAAAAUCGUAUAAUUUUGCAAUUAAAGGCUACGACUAUCUCAUGGAUUAGCAUUUAAAGCGAGAGUUCUCUUUUAUCUUUAUGAGAUUUGUCGUUUCAAUUGUAUUGGUUCUAGUAUCAGUGGUGUAUAUGAUGAGUGGACCAGCCAAAGCCAUCACGAAAAACGUCAGUCCAUUGCCGGUAUACUUUUUCAGUCAUGGAGGACCAACCUUCAUGUACGAUGAUAACACCUUUGGCAGCAGAGGAGCGUAUCAGACGGUGCAGCGACUCGGCCAAAAGAUCAAGAGGGAGUAUAAGCCGGAUUACAUUAUUGUAGUCCUGGCCCAUUACGAAUCGAUGGGAAGAAAGUCCAUUGAGAUUGCGACCCCAGCUAAGAACAAGGAAGAAAAUGAUUUGUAUUAUGAUUUUUAUGGGUUCCCGCAGCAUAUGUAUAAAGAGGAGUUCCAUGCUAAGUUUGAUUACAAAGUUGGGAACAUUGUGAAGCAGCAGCUUGAAGAAAAAGGGUUUGAUGUUCAGUUUACUCAGCGAGGACUUGAUCACGGUGUUUGGGUACCUUUCAAGGUUGCAUUUCUGAAUUAUAACACGCUUAAUGGUAAUAAGGUUGAAGAAGAUUUGCCAGGGACCUCAUUGAUUCAGGUAUCGUUGACCGGCGGUGAUAUUGAGCUGAAUUUCAAAUUGGGUGAAGCAUUAAGUUACUUCAGAGAUAAUUUGAUCUGGGAUCAAUCUCGUGGGAGAUACUUAAAGGGAAUGGUUAUUUGCUCCGGUAUGACCGUUCAUAAUUUGAGAGAUGUAAGAAGUGCAUUUCAGAAACCAGGAAUCACCUUACCAUACGUAAAACCUUUUGAUAAUUUGUUAAGGGAUACUUUGGUUAACAAUGACGAGUUAUUGAAAAACUUGAAAGAACUCCCCAACAAACAUGAAUCUUUAUUUUAUCGAGCUCAUCCUAGUGCCGAACAUUUCAUGCCAAUUGUUGUUGCUAGUGGGUUAAUCAGUGGUUCCAAAGAGCCCAUUAAACAACUAUUUACAUCCCAUUCUGCCAGUCUUGCCUGGGGGAUUUAUCAAUUUGGAUCAUGAAAACAAUAUAAUAAUAAUAGUUGUUUAUUGAAUAAAUGAAUGAAAUAAAUAAAUAUACAAAGUAGUUAUUAGUAAUGUUUUAAUUUUUUAAUAAA